AUGGCAUCCCAUAAACGGACAACCUCCAACAAUUCGAACUUCUCAUUAAAAUCAUCCCGAUCCAGUGGCAGCUCCAAAUCUGGUUCGUCUUCCAAGAGUGCACCACAAGUGCUGCAUUCCCGAACCCUGUCUUCCAACUCCAGUCUGAAUGGAUCUACCAACUAUACUUACCUGCUUCCGGUUACCAAAGGGUUGGGAUCAAAAAGCAAAAAUUCAAUUAAACCUCCCACUCGCCCACCGCCUGGAUCGCGGUCGUCGUCGUCCUCACGCCAACUCCCCACUUUGAAGACCCAGUCGUCUAUCAUUUUCCAUCCACGUCCAGUAGUGACUCCCACACAGACCCACCAUCAUUCCGAACUUUCACUGUCCUAUCAUUCCUCUCAUGGACAAUCUCCUUAUACAUCCACGCCUCCCACACCUCCCACACCCCCGUUGAGACAUUCAAAGUCAUUAGGACACUUACUCCACGCCAAGCCUCCCAAAUUAUCUCCUAGCAAGUCCACUAUGAGGCUCCCCAACAAGUACAAAGAAGAUUUGUUGAAAAAUGAGUGUACCUGCAAAGGCUGCAAAAAUGAAAAAAGCUCCAAGACCAAAUCUCACCACAGCAUUCUGUCGGCACACCAGCACCAGCAUCAGCGCCAGCGCCAGCAUGGUGCGAACAGUGACACCAACUCCGUCGAUUCGGUCGAUAACUUUGCCAACAACAUUUUGGACUUUGUGUACAAUAAGCGGGAGGUCAAGUGGAACAUCUGA